GAAAAAGUCGUUUCAACUUCCUGUACAAGCUUUGGGGAAUUCAGAUGAUGGUCACCUCAGUUCGAAUUCGGUGCGUGAUACUGGUAUAAUAAAGGCUCCAGAGACAGGUUUACGACUCUACAUAUCAUGUCGAUGGCAGAUUGCUUUUCUCUGUGGCACGUGUACCUUGGCUAUGUUCGCCUUGAGAGUUUGUAUCGCCAUGGCUUUGGUUUGUAUAGAGAACGUUGAAUACCAGAGACAACUUCAAAACUUAUCUCAAAAUUACAGCGGUAUACUCUCGGAGGAACUCAACAGUACACAAGUGUAUGUUAGACCAAGCAGCAUGGUCCCAAACGAAAUGCGAGGCAUCUUACUGUCAUCGUAUUUCUAUGGUUACCUGAUCACGCCGUUACUCGGGGGAUUGAUUUCUCAAAGGUGUGGACCUAAACUGGUCGUCCUAUUGGCCAUGGGAAUAGCCGUUAUAACGAAUGGACUGACACCACUGAGUCUGAGAUAUAGAAUCGAGGUUGUUGUUACGUUAAGAGUAAUAAUGGGAAUAUCAACGGGUGUUAUUUUGCCGUCUUUACAAGUCCUGUGGGCGGACUGGGCACCAAAAAACGAGAAAGCGAGACUACUGGCGGUUUCUAGUUCAGGUGUAAAUUUAGGUAACGUUGUAGCUACUGGAAUUGCUGGAUUUGUUUGUAAGAUUCCCGUUGAUGAUGGCUGGCCGUUUAUAUUUUACAUAUUUGGUCUAGGAACAAUUAUCUGGAUGAUAUUCUGGUGGUGGAUUGUUUAUAAUUCUCCUGAUAAACACCCGAGAAUAUCGGAAAGAGAAAAGGUCUACAUUGAAAGCGGGAAAGUUAAAUCUGUUUCAAAAAAGAUUCCACGCGUUCCAUGGUCAAAAGUGUUAACUUCUUUACCGUUCUUGGCUAUUUUAACUUGUCACGUGUGCCAUGCUUGGACAAUAACUCUCAUAUCCCUGUUUUUACCCAUUUAUAUGAAUGACGUUCUCAAAUUUGAUGUAACUGAUAAUGGUGUUCUGUCAUCCCUACCUUUUAUAUGUAGGUUCAUCAUGGGAUUGGUGUUCGCUGUUUUAGCUGACGUCAUUGUAACUAGAAAACUGCUACCUGUAUCACACAACAGAAAACUCUUUCAAAUAAUAGGCAUGGUGUUCCCUUCAGUGAUAAUAAUAGGCUUGAGCUUCCUUGAUUCCGAACAAAGAAAUCUGGUUGUAGGCUUAAUGACGCUAGCUGUUGGUUUUCAAUCGGCAACCACGGCAGCAUUCAGGGUUAAUCAUUUGGACAUAGCACCAAGAUUUGCAGGAACUAUUGCAGGAUUAACAGUGAACAUUGCUUGUGUUGUGGCCAUCUGUGUUCCCAUUAUAACAACGGCUCUAACACCAGAUGGAACUCUGGGUCAAUGGCAAACGGUCUUCUUCGUAAAUGGCGGCAUCAAUAUAUGUGGUGCUAUAUUUUUCCUAAUUUUUGGAAGCGGAACGGAACAAGAGUGGGCAAAGGAAUCUCCAGUAGAAAUAAAUGUUGACGCCCCAGAUGAAACCACCAUCUCAACAACAGACAAACGUGCUUCGUAUGAUAACCAAGCUUUUAGAUAUUUGGAAUAAGAGUUUGUUUGGUACAUAUACUACAAUGAAGCCUUAUAUUAUAUGAAUCCCUAGUAUAUAUGGAUUAAACCUGUUUUGUCUAAUA